GCAGACACAGAAGAAAGACACUGGCACACGCACCGCCAGAUGCGGCCGCCGCCACAGAGUAUUAUGUGAUGCAGCCGCCGACGUCCCCGAUGCAUGCCGACCGGUGGUGGUGCCGAGGGGCCCCGGAGCCCCGCGAGCCGGCGCCCCGGCAGCCGGGCUGGCCCCGGCCCUGCCGCCGCUGGUGCUGCGUGCUGCUCGCGGCGCUCACUUUGACGUUACCCAAGUGCGUGCUUCAGUGUGGUGUGUCUGUGGUGUUUUCUCAGUUCUACAGGUUCCUAGCCAGAUUCUCCGGCCGCAGACGCUGGAGGUGUUUAAAUGGGACUGACGAGUCGCCGAGCCCUUUGGAGCGACGGCCACUUCGCGGAAGUAGCUAUUUUUCAUCACCAUCUCUUUCUUCGUCAACGUCGUCGUCUUGUAGUAGUUCAUCCUCAUCGAUAUCAAGAUCAACAUCCGCGCACAGGAUGCGAAUUAUCCCUCUACUGACCACAACGUUUGUUCUAGUCGCGCCUUUUCUCUUCGGGGUGGCCGAUGCGUGUUCGAGCCGGGCCACGCCGAAACCGCGUUCUCCGAGUCCGACAGCAAGACCGAACGUCACAUUCCACACAUACGCGUGCCCACCAGCCUACGCGGCCUGGUACUGCCUCAACGGGGCCACCUGCUUCACCGUGCGAAUCGGCGAAUCGCUGCUCUACAAUUGCGAGUGCGCCGAUGGUUACAUGGGGCAGAGGUGCGAGUUUAAGGAUCUGGACGGAUCAUACCUACCGUCGAGACAGAAAGUAAUGCUGGAGAAGGCGAGCAUCGCCGGUGGAGCCCUGGUGGCCAUUCUGCUCGUGGUCGUCGUCAUUUUCUCCUUGUUUGUUCACCGUGCCAGCCGGAGAAAAGCGUUGCGAGCCGCGAGAUACGCGACAAAUGCCAGCAAUGACGUCGUGGACUCGCGAGCGGUGGACGUGGAGCGUCGACCCUUCAGCCACCACCGCUUUCCAAUCUUGGACAUGAGCAGUGUUGCUCAGCACCACCCUCCGUGCACACUGCAGGGCGUGAUGCCAACCGAGGUGCACUGCACCUCGCCGUCGCGGGGCGCGACACGGCCGAUGCAGCAGCUGCAGCAGGUGUCGUCGGUGGUGGUGCACCAGCACAGCAGCAGUCACAUCCACCCCGCGCACCACCACCAUCACCACUUGCAGAAGCAGCCGCAGCAGCAGCAGCAGCAGCACAUGCACCACCAGUUAUUCCAGCACCACCAGCCGCACGGAAAGACAUAAUGCUAUAGUGCGCAUGCAGUGCUAACGCCGCAACCGACAGUUUAAUUUCUUCUACUAGAAACCAACCGGAGCAACACAAACAUUUUUUGAAGCAACGGCGAUCCUGCUGAGAUGGAUGACACACACACACUCACACACGCGUAUACACGCACGUUGCUGUUGCUGUUGCCGCGAGAAGAAGGAAUAUGAGUGGAGGCGCGCGCCCGCCCGCCCGCCCGCGGACCCGCCCGCAGUUGAACUCUGUGAAAGCAGUCAAGUUAUAUAAUAAUUAUUCCUCGAUUCACGCCGGAGAGGAAACGCAGUGCGCCACGGGUUUUCCUUCCUCGAGCACGCGCGACGAUAUUUGUCCCAUUCAUGAGACUUGUUACGAUUAAAUUAUUACUAUUGAAUCUAUUAUUUAAUUUAAUAAUUAAUUAAAUGAGAGCGCGCGCGACAGUGAGAGAAAGAGCGAGAAAGCCCAAAAUAUCCAGCAAUGUAUUCUUGUGCAAACAGGCGGAUUUAUUUAGAGAGAUAUA